AUGGACUCCCCCGCUAUUCAACUCCCUUUCGAUCCGCAGGAGCAGCCGAUCCUUGAACGCCUUCUCCGCACCCGGGAUGCCCUCUUGCUGCUGAAACAGGACAAGUCGUCGUAUAUCAAGUCGCGCGAUGUGCUUCCGCUUUACGAAGAAGUGAUCUCAGAGGUCGAGAAGCUCAAUGCCGUGCGGAAGGAACAGGACCGCCGGCUGACACACAAUCGAUUGGAUUAUGUGCUCGACGACUGCUUCCAACUGAUCUCGUUGCUCUUCCUGACUGUCGGGAGAAACAAUGAAGCUCCGGCUAUUUACUCGCUGGCGACCACCGUCAAGCGUUUGCUCGACCAUCUCGAAGAAGCCGACUUCUACAGCUCAAAAGAUCUCAGUUCGGUUACCAAGACCCUGGCACACAUGCGCGAGACUCUCGAGCGUACCCAUGACGCAUAUUCCCCAGCUUUGAUGACGCUCCUGGCGAGCCGCCUUGAACAAAACCAGAUGAAGUUAGAUAAGUUGCAAAAAGGCCUUGGAGCAAUGAACCCCGAGCUCUCAUCGAUCCACGAAACUCUCGUCUCUAUCCUGCGGUCGACAUCGGCGGUUAAUACGCGUUCUAAGGUAGUCCAUUGGACACCCAUGUUUUGGCUCGUCCCGCAACUCAAGAAGAUUCAACAUACGAUGAAGGACGGCCAGUUCGCUGGAGCGGAUGGAAAGCCUCUUGAAGGACAAGACGGCGUUAAGCAGCUUUUGGAACGGUGUUGGCGAUGGACUGAGAUUGUGCUGGAACGCGGGGGCCAAAUCGACGAGCGCUUCCGGGACCAAUAUGAGCGACUGCUUGACAUCCGCAAUCAGCUGGAUCGACUGUCCGUGACGCAGGCCUGGUCCCUUCGUGAGACUGAUUUGUUUGGGUAUCAACGGAAACUCGAUCGCAUUGACGAAGCACGGGUAAACGGAAACUUUGUGGAUGCAGAAGGACAGCCAGCGGAUCUUCACUCACAGCGGACAUUACUAUAUCUCAUUCGACGGAGUUACGCCUAUAUCUACGCUCUGUUGAUUUCGUCCGAACCGGUGUCAGAAGCGCUGCUGCCCGUCUACAACCAGCUGCAGACUCUGCGACGCUGCUUGUUGGAGGUCAAAGAAUCUGGCGGUGUCUCGAAUUCCCGCGAGCUCUACCCGUAUAGUAUGAAGUUGAAUUCCAUCGACAAUAUGCGAGUGGACGGCAAAUUCUACGUAGGGAAUGAUAUCCCCGAGGGACAGGGCAGCGUCAAUGCCCUGUUGGCCGAAUGCUACGAUAUCGUAUGGGAGCUGCGGGCGGCUGUACCGGACGAGGAAGAGAGGGUCGACGCCUGA